GAAAUAUCAAUCUCCAAAAACACUCCUCUCAUUUAGCUCUCAACAUAUCUGGAUCAUACAGUCUUCAUUUCCAAGUUACCCAUCUGCCUGAUUGAAGCAAGAGAUGGCCUCCAUCACUGCCCCCACAUCAAUAGCUCAUGCAGCUCUUCCACUCAAGAGGCCCAUGAUAGCCACAUCAUCCUCCCCUGUUCUUGGGUUGCCAUCAAUUGGAAGCAAUGGGAGAGUGAGAUGUUCAAUGGAGGAGAAAAAACCUUGUCUGCAGUCAAAGAUUGGGAUGAGUGCAUCAUUGCUUGCUGCAGCUUAUGCUGCAACCAUGUCUAACCCAGCUAUGGCUUUGGUGGAUGAGAGGAUGAGCACUGAAGGAACUGGACUUCCUUUUGGUUUGAGCAAUAACGUUCUUGGGUGGAUCCUUUUUGGUGUUUUUGGCCUCAUUUGGACUUUCUAUACCGUUUACACUUCCUCUCUUGAGGAGGAUGAGGAGUCUGGAUUGUCUCUUUAAUUCAGCAAAAUCUGCCUUCUUGUUGAUCUUAGACUUUUAUGUUUUGAAGGAAUGUAAUAUAUGCUUUGGAAUUAAACUACCUUCCCUUUCUCCA